AGGUGAGCUAUUCUCCUCUGACUUCCUUGCAUUUUGCAUCAGCACAGCUCUCAAAGCUAGGCAGAGAUUAGCAACAGUCUACUACUGUACAACCCAGCAACCAGAACACUCACACAUACAGACAGAGCAGACAAGCAGAGACUGGAGAGGCUAAGAUACAGAGGAGAGCGUUUGAUGAACCCUGUAGAACUGGGCUGGAAUGCUGAAGACUUCCUUCUGCAUAUAGUAGGUAAAAGGCUAUGCGUUUCAAAAGGAGGGGGAAGACAUGUUAAGCGCUUUGAUCAACAUGCUGAAAAACUUAACAGAGAGGAACUUUGAAGCUACAUCGAUGUUUGAACUGUCUGAGAAGUUGGAAGAUCCACAUGGUGCGGGGGCAGACAGCUCAGACAGCACUCUAGGAAGCUCAAUAACUGCUUGUAAGAAGGUACUGUGCAGCACCAGCUUGCUGGAUUCCACAGAGUACUGGUUGCGAAAUGAAGGGGCACUGUGCCGAAUUGGAUUAAUGGAAGACAAGACUGACAAUAGCUGUACCACAAUCUGUUUUGUAAAUCUUGAUGAUAACAGCACAGAUUGUAGCAAUGAGAAAUUAACACAGAAACUGGCCACCAUAUCUUCUGAUCUUCCGAAGCUUAUCGAUUCUCUGAAUGUGCGUCAACCCAAGGAAAACGAAAUCUUCCUCCUUAGUGGGUUGGAUGCAUGUGAUAACCUCCAGCCGGAUUCGGAGUUCCACCAGAGUUGCAGAGCAGCCAAUGUGUGCCUGGUUCAGAGUGCUAGAGAAAAGAAGAAAAAAACCCACCCCAGCUGUAUUAUUUAUGAAAUAAACAAGUUUCUGAUUGGACUGGAGUCCGGUCAGGAAAGACAACUACAACUAGACCGGUCUGGCAAUGCCAGACCUGAAGAUGAUACCAAUCGCUCUGUGUCAUCAAUCGAAGAGGACUUCCUCACUGCAUCCGAGCACCUGGAUGAUGAGAGUGAGGAGGACGGCUUCAGAAAUGGUACUAAUCACUACAGAAUUUCUGAUAGAGACAAUAAUGAUGCCACCGACCUCUUCUCAGGUGUCAGAAACACAGAAGAAAUGAGGUUAGGCAGCCGACCAAAUAAAAAGACUCCAUAUUCUGAAUCUACGAAUGCAGCUGCAGAAACUAUGCUGCAUAGCACUGAUAAACCCAUGAAGCAGCAUCACUGUAAUGUACCACUUUCAGAUAUAGUGGGGCACCAGACUGACCACCAGAAAAGACAUCAAAGUACAUGUCAGAGGCAUUGUGCUGUAAGGAGUGCUGAUUCUGCUCAGUCAAGGAAAGCAACUAAGGAUGGACGUCACACUGUAAAUGUUGCUAACACAAGACAAAGCAGCAAAGCACAAUCCGACAUGCAGUUUCCCCUGCAGAACACACAGGCGUCUGCAGGUUAUUAUGCUACAAACUUAGCAGAAUCAGUCCUUCAAGAUGCUUUUAUAAAACUAUCCCAGGCUGAAGCUACAUUCACGACAGAGGCAGCUUUAAGUGUCUCUGCUGGUCAUACAAUACUGACAGCCAGUACAGAAGAGACAAAACCAACCAGGGCAUGGAAUGACCUUCCAAAGAUUGUGAUUGUUCAAAGUCCAGAUAACUGUGAAAUCACACCAGAGUGGCCGGGCACCCCACCUUCGAACACAAGCAACUGGACUCAAUCAGAGAGUCCCAGUGACAUUUUUAACCAAAUAACAGAAGAGAUCGUGAAGCCAUAUAGCUAUUCAACUGGUGGGCAUACGCCUCACCCUGUUGAAGUAGCUUUAGCUUGUGCAGCCAGUGUAAUUGGGACUAUUUCAAGUCCUCAAGCUACAGAAAAACUCAAGUUGGACCAAAGUGCAGCAGAUUUAAAUGUGAUUGUACCUGAGGAACAAACCACGGAGAAAGAGGAGAAGAAGACAGAGAAGGUAGAAGAUGAUCAGGAGGAAUCAUCAGGCAUGGAUUUCUCCUUUUCUUCAGCUCUUUGUGGCAUGGCCCAGGUAGCCAGUGCAAUUGCAGUGGUUGGCCUUGAUGACACACUGGAGGAGAGCUAUUCUAUGUCUCGUGGGCUUCUGUCAGCAACAGAAGCCUCAACGGCCAUUACUCUUCACUGCAGCGUGGCGGUUGGCACAAAAAUCAACCAGUUUACUGCAGGCAUUGCAGAAGUCCUAAUAAAAGAAGCAUCUGCAAUUCUAUAUGAGCCAGAUGUUUAUAAAAGUGUUGGAGAUUUUUUGGAAUCCACUCGCAACAAAGUAGUAGAGAGUGUUGCAAAACUGCAAAGCACUCAUUUAGAGGCAGAUACGGAUGAUUUUGCACAAAUCAUGUCAGAAGCAAUUUUCAAGCUCUCAUUUGAAAGAGCAAAAAAGAAGAAAGAGCUAGAAAGCCCCAAUAAAGACAGCAAUACUGUUUUAAACCCACAAGACAUUCUAGAAAGUACCAAUAAUUUGCUUUUUAAUAUGCUAUAUCUUACAUGUAAGAAGAUUGGUGACAUUGCAAGUCACAAUAAUGGGUCAUUAGACUUAACUGAAGUCAAAAGCUGUUCUACAGAUUGUGAAACAGUUGUCAAGCAAAACAGAGUACUGUCACACAAAUUAUCAGGUUUGCUCGACUCCUGCGAGUCUGAUAAUUGUGACAAUCACAAUAAUCUACUUCAAAGCAGUGAUAAGCUGUCAGGCUUUACCUGUGUUAAGGAAGACAUAAUUGUUCAAGAGAAGGCAACAUAUAUAAAAGAAUUUGAACUCUGCUCUAUGUCACAAAGCAACAAAGACAACAGCUUGUCUUAUUCAAAGGAUACGAAGCAAAGGCCCAGUCAAGUAAAUAUGGAACCUCUCAUCAAAGACUGUACUAACCUUCAAGGCCAAUCCAAUAAUUACAACCUGAAAUACAUGAAAUCAUCUUUAGAUAAUGACAAACCAAAGGCAGUUUUUGAUUUAAAUGAGCUUUCGCGGGAACAGCACUUUAUUAUCCACAACAGUUCAAGCACAGACGUGGAAAAGCAGAAUGGCAGCCUGUUGGUGGAUAAUGAAUAUAAAUUGUCCUCAUUAAGCCCACAACAAUCUUUAUCAUCUCUUCUGCCUGUGGUCCUUCUAAAGCCAGUAUCAGAGAGCAGAUCUCCUGUGACUAGUUUUGCAGAGGAUCUAGCCACAACGGUAGUUUCGAUGGCAACAGAAAUGGCUGCCAUUUGCCUUGAAAACUCGAACGGAAAGCAGCCAUGGUUCUGUGCUUGGAAAGGUGGACCAGAGAACCUUGAUAACUAUUUGGUGCCCUGCAGAACAGUUAAGAGGAAAAAAGAGACACAGAGCAACGCUUCAGUUACCAAAAAACACAGGCCACCAAGACUCAGUGAAAUCAAAAGGAAAACGGAGGAGCAGCCAGAGUUAAAGGAACGUCUCAUGAACAGGGUUGUGGAUGAAUCUAUGAAUUUUGACGAACCUCCUGAUCCUUUCAGGGUCUUUGCCAAUGAGGUGACUGCAAAGAUUAUGAACUGUCCGGAGCUGUCUGUGGUCGAUACCUCAAAACAGGGUCAGUCUCAACCAAGGAACCACUUACACUGUGACAGGUGGAAUAAAGGGAAGGCAUCAAGCUAUGAAAGUAUCCCAGAAGAGGAUGCCUCAAGCUUGAUCAAUACCUUGGGACCAGGAACUAUGCUAGGUCAGAAUCUCAGCAGGGGAGGUUCCAUAUCCAAGCAAUCCAGCUGUGAAAGCAUCACAGACGAAUUCUCUAGGUUCAUGGUAAAUCAGAUGGAAAAUGAAGGCAGGGGCUUUGACCUGUUGCUUGACUAUUAUGCAGAACAAAACGCUGUUAGCAUACUGAGCUCAGCAUUGCAGCAAGUCACCAAAAAGAAUGGGCAUCUCAAUAUAAGGUCAACAUGUGUGUCCAAACAGUCUAGCACAGAAAGUAUCACAGAGGAAUUUUACAGGUUCAUGAUCAAAGAAAUGGACAACGAGAAUAAAGAUUACAGUGUAGCGAAAACUAAAGCAUGGAGUAACAGCUUCCUGGCCCCAUCUCCAAGAACAUCCUUCUGUGUCAGGCAGUCAUCAGUGCCAGACCGGAGAUCAUCAGACUCCAGACUUACCGUGAAUGCACCAGUGAAAGCCAAUUCUUUUGAUGGCUUUGCCCGAAAUGUGCAUGCGGAUGCCCUCAACAUAUACCCUGUUAACACGGUAUCAUCAACAGGCCUCUGCAAAUCAGAUUCCUGUUUGUACAAACGAGGUGGUAUUGACCAGAUAACGGACAUGCUCAUACAUGAGACGUGGUCUAGUUCCAUCGAAUCUUUAAUGCGUAAAAAUAAAAUUAUUGUGGACGAAGAUGACAGUAUGGAUCUUGAUCAGCCUGAAAAUGGAUCACAGAUGCAUGUUGAGCAAUUUGCAAGCAGGCUGGCGGCUGACAUUGUUGAAAGAGGGACAUCUUCAAUUGGGGGGCAGCAGGGCCCUGUUGAUUGCCAGCUGCCCAUCCCUGUGGCAGAAAAGAGACGGUGUUUCAGGAGCAAGACACAGUCACAUUUUAAGAAGCCUGCUAUAGACAAAAUCCAGACCCAGGAAAAGAAGCCUACUGUAUCUAAUGAUUCUGCAUGCAUUGCCUCUCCUCCUUGCUGCCCAAGGGAAGUGCCUUUGAUUCACAUAGAGAUAGAUCAAAGGGAAGAGUUCAACGAAGACAUAGCAGCUUCUGCUAUCGCCACUGGGAAGCUGAAGACAGAGUAUCUUCCUGAUGAGAAGGACCCAGAACUGGUGUGUCAAAAAAACACUGAGCAGCCUUCUAUAAAUCAGAGCAGCCCUGCGUGUUACAAGACUUUAGUAACUGCAGUAGCUGACAAGGCAUCAGUAUCAGAGGAAUGUCCCACCCUUAGCUGCAGCGAUGACAGCACAGGAAGCUGGUCUCAGAUCGCCAAUGAAGACGACCCUCCUGAGGAUACCAGUAGCUAUUUACAGCUAAGUGAGGGCAAUGGGAACAGCAGUGCAUCCAGCAGCCUUGUUCUUGUGGAUCUCGAAGGUUUACAGGAAACUGUUUCACCAUGCCCAUUGAUAAGUAAAAUAGUGGAAGAAAAGAAGAUACUUAAAGAAAAUCAAGACAAUUUGGAUGAAUGUACAUCUGGACUAUCCGUAGGAAUAAACAGCUGCCACAAGGAUCUGCUGGUGAUGAACUUUGACCUGGAGCCCGACUGUGUGGACUCAGAGCUUCGGGCUACCUUACAGUGGAUAGCUGCUUCAGAACUUGGGGUUCCAACCAUCUACUUUAUCAAAUCUCAGGAGAAGAGGAUAGAAAAGUUCCUGGAUGUGGUGCGUUUUGUUCAGCAGAAGGCUUGGAAUGUUGGAGACCUCUUCCGUGCAGUUGUCCAGUAUUGCAAACUACAAGAAGAAAAAGCUGAUGCUGUUUCAAGCCUUUUUGACUGGCUCCUGGAUUUGAGCUAAGCAAACAAAUGUACAUUUAAACAGAUUUGAUAUCAGCUCAAAUUUAGCGACAUCAUGGACUUUAUGUUAAUGAUCCCAGAAUUUAUGGCAGUGUUAUUAAGAAUAGAUAACCCAGCAUAUUUUAAUGUGUUUAGUAAUUUUAAUUCUGACAGGAUUGAGGCACCAGCGAUAAAGGUUUAUUACAUGAUCUACCAACUUUAACAUGAUUAUUUCUUGCAUCGAAUUGAACAGGUUAUGAAAAAUAUACUGGAAAAAGGUACUCGAUAAAGCUAAUGUGUGACUUUUAGGGUUGUGGUGUGAAGACCCACUGCUGUUUAGAUCAUUAAAAUGCAACCAAACAAGAUUAACGAUUUUAAUGAAAAAUCCUGUGAGCAGUGUUCACUUUCAGUUGUCGAAAUUCUAAAUCCUAAUUUGGCGAUCUGGAAGAAAACACUUUGAUCUGCUCAAGUAUGAUUCCGUAUUUUCAACUGUUUGCAGGUGAACAACAUCACUAGGUGGUGGUUGCAGUUUCAAGCCAACUUCUUUUGAGAUUAGGAUUAUUAUUAAAAUACAGGGUGGAUUUAGCAAGAUCUCCUGAUGUUUAUAUGGUUAAAACACUGCCCCAUUGUGUUUAAAUUGUGCAAGGUUUAUUAAGAAUGUGAAAUAUGUCCUUGGUUUUGUUGGAAACUGUGAUCUGAUUAGUAUAAACAGGCAGAAAGAACGCUUGUUGAUUUUGAAGAUGGUGGUGUUCAUUUGUAAAGUAAUUUUUGAAGAAGUCUCUGAAAAUUUGAGUGCAAAAUUAAAUGAGUAUUCGCCUUCUAAGGUUAGCAUGAUACCCUUACUAAAACAACGCACGAAAAACCAAACAUAAAAAGUUUUGGUAAUAGUUGGCCAAUUGCAACAAGCUUGAGAAUGUGGUCUUUGGUUCUGUACUAAAUUGAGUACUAGCUGGUAUCUGCGGAUCAUCUCUAGCUCUUACUAUCUAAGUACCAACUGCAAUGAAAAAACACAGUGAACAAAGGUCAUGAUCAGUACAGACCUCAAGGAUAAACUGAUUAUCUCUACGUCGUGUAUGGGAAAUACAUUCAUUAAUACACUUCCUAUGAAUAAAAGAGACAUGUUACAAUAAGUUUUAAAACUAAACCUAUUUUAAAAGAUAUUAAGGUACCUUUUCAGCACUGAUAAGGGUGAGACAUAUAAGGUGUCAAUUAAAUAUAUCUAUAACACUCACUACAAAGAUAUUUCGUACUGUAGUUGAAUAGAAUAGUUAACAGAAGUGUGAGAAACAGUCCUACCAGAAUUACUAACCAAACAUUUGUCUAAUUUUAUAACAAUGUUUCUUUGUAGUGCCACGCAAUAAAAUCCAGAAGAUUGCAAAUAUCAUUUAAUUAAGUAACACAUACACAACACAGAAUUGUUGUAUCACUAUACAAUGGAUGGAAUUUAAUGUCAUUGUAUGUUCAGAAUUAUGUUUAGCUAGAUGCUUUAUUAAAUAAAAAUGUAACAUGUUGCUUAAUAUGUUGAAAUAAACAUCAAAGGGUUAUAUUCAAAGUAAGUUACUACAGCUCUUAGUCAAAAAGAAUCACUGAAUUUACUUAUUAGUUUACUGUUCUCUCGGGGACAGACAACUGAUACGUUGUGUUUGUUGCAAUUCAGAACAUCUUAAACCUACACACAGACUAUCUGUAGGCGCUUGAUUAGCUGAAACUGUCCUGAAGACUAUUGGGCUGGCCACAGGUACACUACUUUUAGUUUGUUGCAAUUGACCAAAUUAGUUCAAUUUUAAAUGCUUGAUUUAGAAGAAUCUGCAGAUGUGUAUCACCAAAAGUCUUCAAAUUGUCCUUACUCUGAAAUUUAAAAAAAAAAAAAAAAAAUGUGAUAAAAAUUAUGUAAUUUGUUUAC